AGUUGCACGAUAAAAAGAGCAGAAGAACUGCACCAGGAAAAUCAUGCCUUCGAACCCGAUUUAGAUUGCAGUCUUUGCCAGCAAUGAGCCAAAAGGCGAGAGGAACUAGUAGCUGCCCGCGAGAAAAACUAGUCGGGGGGCUCUGA